AUGCCACGCAGGGGUGCGUCUCUUUCCAAGCGCCGCUCCAAACCGAGCUUGAAAGUAGCUACAGGAAAUGCGAAUGGAAAUAUGAACGACAAUCUUGAAAUGCGCAAGCGCGACACGUCCACAGAGUCUUCUGCUGGACGUGCCGAUAGAUUCAUGUCGCACUCUAGUUUCACUCUCGAUGAUGAACCUCCGGUCCCUCCUACUCCAGUCAUGACCACCACCAGUUUCCACAACCUCCCCGCGAGCGACCGUCGGAAUUUCUUGCUACUAUGCGUGCUGUACUUCCUGCAGGGUGUGCCCAUGGGCCUAGCAUCGGGCUCCGUCCCCUUCCUUCUCAAACCAUACCUCUCAUAUGGCCAGAUCGGCGUGUUCUCACUAGCUUCAUACCCAUACUCGUUAAAAUUGCUCUGGAGUCCCAUUGUAGAUGCAGUGUGGAGCCCCAGGUUUGGCCGUCGUAAGAGCUGGAUUACCCCAGUUCAGGUCAUUGCUGGACUUGCCAUGAUCUACAUGGGUCCCCGCAUUGACGGUAUGAUGGAGGCGGCUGGUGCAAAUGGUGGCGCCGGUGUUUGGAACUUUACGUAUUGGUGGUUCCUGCUGGUUUUCUUCUGCGCUACGCAAGAUAUUGCCGUUGACGGAUGGGCCAUUAGCUUGAUGUCACCACCAAACAUUUCUUACGCCUCCACAGCUCAGACUGUCGGGUUGACAGCUGGACACUUCUUGUCUUACACCGUGUUUCUGGCAUUCAACUCCAAGGACUUUGCGAACAGGUGGUUCCGUUCCGUCCCCAGUGAGGGUGGCCUGCUCUCUCUGGGCUCGUACUUGAGCUUUUGGGGCUGGUCAUAUAUCAUUGUUACUCUGUGCCUGGCCUUCUUCAAGAAGGAGGAGCGCACCAAGGAGCGUGACAGUAUUAUGGAUGUAUACAAGAGCAUGUGGAGUGUGCUGAAAUUGAAGAAUAUCCAGACCAUAAUCAUUAUCCACUUGAUUGCCAAGAUUGGAUUCCAAGCCAAUGACGGCGUGACCAGCCUAAAGCUCCUUGACAAAGGGUUUGGUCAGGAUAACAUGGCAUUGGUCGUUCUCAUCGACUUUCCUUUUGAGAUUAUGCUGGGUUAUUAUGCCGGCAAGUGGUCUACCCAGUACGGCGCUAUGCGACUUUGGGGCUGGGCGUUUGUCGGUCGACUAGUUGCCGCGGUUCUCGCUCAGUUCACUGUGAUGAUUUAUCCCAGCGGGCCCGAUGUCCCGGCCUGGUACCUUCUCGCCAUCAUAUUAGAGCAUGUGGUCUCGACUUUCAUGAACACAGUCAUGUUCGUCGCCAUCUCUGCGUUCCACGCUCGAAUUGCCGACCCAGCUAUCGGUGGAACAUACAUGACUCUCCUAGCAACUGUUUGCAACCUUGGCGGAACUUUCCCCCGUUUCUUUAUCUUAAAAAUGGUCGACUAUUUCACCGAGGCAACUUGCCUCCCUCCUACUGUUGCCCCAUCUGCGGAUGUCCUCAAGGACGUUCUUGUCACCUCUGCUUUCUCCUGUGCCUUGGAACCCGAUAAGAAUCGAUGUAUCCAUGGCGGCGGCACUUGUGAGGUCACCCGGGAUGGUUACUAUAUGACAAACAUCAUUUGUGUGCUUAUUGGUACCAUCACCUUCUACUUUUUCAUCAAGCCCGCCGCUGUUAAACUUCAAAGCCUGCCACUGCGAGCUUGGAGGCUGACAUCUGAUUCUCAGCGCCAGUAA